ACAACACGUUUUCUUGGCUUUACAUUUGAAACGCACGCGUUCGCGUUUUUUUAUAUUGUACCCAACAACAAUUACAAUACAAAUCUACUGCAUUAUUUUCUGCGUUUAAAACUGUGGUUUAACAAAACAAUAACAACAACAAGCUAAACUCUCUUUAUAAAACUAACUUGAAUUGAACGGUUAUUAAAAAAGUUGCAUUUUACGCGAGUCCGGUUUUGCUACUAUUUGCUGGUAGUUGUCUUAACGUUGUUGUUAGCAGAGCAUCAUAAAAAUAAUACUCAUUCAUUAAAUUGGGAUUAAUUGAAAACUUUUAUUUAAAAAAAACGUUUAGUUGAAAAAGCGAUGUCAUAAUGGAACCUAUGACUGCCCUAGUAUUGGCCUUUCAACUGUUGGCCCUCUUCUCCAUAGCCGGAGCUCUUAUUAUCUAUCUCAUCUGUAAGGUACGCGAGGACAAUGUCGAAAAAGCCGAACAAGUUAAAUCGAAUACGGUGCUGGUAACCAGUGCCGAUACAGCUUUGGGCCUGCAACUGUGCACCCAUUUGGCCAGCAAAGGUUGUCGUGUGGUGGCUGGCAUGCGUGAGGGUGUAGACAGUUUGCCGGCUAAACUUUUGGUGGGUUGGCUGAAGAUGCGUGAAUUUACCGAGGCGCCCGUUUCGGGCACCAUUAUACCCAUGCUGUUGGAUGUCACCAAAGAUGAUGUGUUGCGUGAAGCCACCGAAACCAUGGGCUCCCAUUUGAGUGUGGGCGAGCAGGGUAUAGCGGCGGUCAUCAACACCAGUGGCACAUUCUAUCGUGGACGCAUUGAAUCGCAGGAACUGUAUCAAAUGGAACAAAUGUUUAAGACCAAUAUCUUGGGUUCGUUGCGCAUAGCCAAGGCGUUUGUGGACUUUUUGAGACCGACUCGAGGACGUUUGAUAUAUUUGGGUGCAGCCAGUGGAGGUCAGGGUGAUGGUCUAAUAGCCUAUAAUGUAUCACGUGUGGCCACCGAUAAAUGUGUGCAAGAAUUGAGACGCGAACUGCAGCCGUUUGGUGUAAGUGUUGUGUGUUUGGAUACCUGUGGUUUGCAUGCAGAGACGCUCUAUAAACCACCAACAGCCCAAAUCUCCAGCGGUGCCCCCACAACCUAUACGGCCAAUGUUUUAAAUCCCAGUGCAUUGCAUGUGGUUGAGAGAGCUUUAUGGGAUCAAGCACCUCAUGAACGCUAUUCAUUGUUGGCCUCUAAUAAAUAUCAAUUCGCGUUGCCAUGUCGUUCCUCGAUACGUUUGACAAACAAGAGCUCUGAGCUAGCCAACAACAACAACAGCAAUGUCAAGAAACCAAUGGAAAAUCAAACCAAGGGAGAAGUACAGCGUGUUUGAACAGCCACAUAACAUGAAAAUAUAAAAAAAUAAACUGAAUGAUUUUUUUUAUAUUUGUCUGGAAGCUUAAGAAAAACAUUGCUUGGAAUUUCUUUUAUAUUUUUUUUUUCUCAAAGAUUUUGUUAAAAGAAAAUUCAAAUUUAACGAUUAACUUUAACAAAAUUCGAAAUUUGUCAUAGAACCUAAGAGUUGAGUAAAAUUUUACAAAUUUUGUUUAACAGAAUCUUUGUUUAUAUCUAUAUUAUUAUUUUUUUUUUUUUUUUGUUCAAAAGAAAUUUUGUAAAUAAACAGAAAUUAUAUUUUUUUUUUAUUAUUUUUUUAAUUUUUUAUAAAACUGUUUAAUAUUAUACGUUUUAUUUUAUAAUAAAGCUACCAUAGAGAAAUAUACAUAGACAAGAAUCUAGAAAAAAAAACAUUCGAGUUUUUGAUAACUGAAUUAGGUGUAUUUAUCUAUGGUAGCUACUCAAAGGAAAUGAACAAAAUUGGCCACAAAAUUUUUAAGCAACAUGUAAAUAUAAGUUUAUUUUUUAUAUAAAAACUCUAAUAUAAUAUUAAAAAAUUUUAAAGAAAUUUAAGUAUUUCUUGUAAUAAUAAUAUAAUAAAACAUAAUUUUACAACUUCAAA